CUCCUUGUACACAAGGGGGUCUUUAGUCUUCUUGUACAAGCGUGUGAGGACAUAUCUCAAUAAGUGACUUCUUUUUUACUAGGGAUUGGGUCUCCAUUCCCCAGCUAUAACUCCAAGUUGUUACCGGACAUUAUACUUUAUUUGACGUUUUGAUCAAAAUUCAUUUACUAUUUUCUAUUCCAUGAGAGUUUGAACCGGCUACUUCAUUCCAUGGGAUUUGUAUUUGUUCAUCUGAUACUAGUGUUUUCAGUAAUAGGAGUCGUAGCAGCAGGAGGUGAGGAGUGCAGACCGAUGAGAUGCUCCAGUCAUGGUCCAGAAAUUUGGUUCCCGUUUCAGCUCAAAGGCCGGCAGCCUGAGCACUGUGGCCUCCCUGGUUUACAAGUUUCUUGUCGCAGAGGAAAGGCUUUAAUGGAGGUACACUAUCUUGAAAACACAUCCCUUUCAGGAAUCCAGCUUUUAACUUCUCAAGAGGUACAUGUCGUAUACAUCGGUUAUCAAUAUCAAGACAUAGAGUAUAGGAUUAUUAGCACCACUCUAAAACUUGUUUCCACCUCAAGUUCAUCGUCAUUUUCCAUAGCUCCUUUUCCCCCUGAAAGCAAGAUCACUAGCUUUAAUUCAAAAGCUACAUGUGUCAGUUGUUCCUCAAGAUAUGCAACAGAGCUUUACCCGCCCCCCAAAAUGGUCACUAUGGUCGGCGGGCAAGAUUUCCCAAUUAACUGUUUUUCCAACUCCUUAAACGUUAGUGAACUAUCCCUAACCUCCUGCACCAUAGUUUUUACUUCUUCACUCCCGCCAGAGUAUCUUGGACCAGUUUCCGAAGGAUAUGUGACCUCCUGGUCAAUUCCGAAUUGUACAAGAUGUGAAGCCAAUGGAAACUACUGUAAAGUGAUCAAGUAUAUUAACUUUCUUAAUAACACCGCACCACCUGAUUACAGAACUACAUGUGUAAGCAGAGUUCCGCAUCAGGAUUCAGUCAAGCCUAUUGCAGGUAUAAUCCCAGGUGUUGCUCUUGUUGUGCUUAUCCUCAUAGCUUUACUGUAUUAUGUAAACCGAGCACGCAGACAAAAGAAAUAUGAUGAUUUGAAAAUCGAAAUGUUUCUGGCGAAUUACCAAGCCAUGAAGCCGACACGAUACUCCUACGCUGAUAUCAAGAAAAUCACCAGCAACUUCAGUGAAAAAUUAGGACAAGGAGGUUAUGGAUCCGUCUACAAAGGUCAAAUUACAAGUGAAAUUAUUGUAGCAGUUAAGGUCCUAAAUAGUGACCCAAACGCUGACGGGGAAGAUUUCAUCAAUGAAGUGGGAACUAUUGGACGGAUCUAUCAUGUUAAUGUGGUUCGCUUGGUGGGGUAUUGUGCUGAUGGCUGCAACCGAGCUCUUAUAUACGAGUUCCAACCUAAUGAUUCUCUAGAAAAGUUCAAAUACUCUGGUCGAAAUCACAACAAUUUCCUAGGCUGGGAGAAGAUGCAAGGAAUCGCUCUAGGCAUAGCUAGAGGAAUUGAAUAUCUUCAUCAAGGGUGUGCUCAACAGAUCCUGCAUUUUGACAUCAAACCUAAUAAUAUCCUCUUGGACAGUAACUAUAAUCCCAAAAUUUCUGAUUUUGGUUUAGCCAAGUUGUGUUCCAGGGACCAGAGUCUUGUGUCUAUGACAAUGGCCAGGGGGACCAUUGGCUAUAUUGCACCUGAAGUAUUUUCUAGAAAUUUCGGAAAGGUGUCAUCCAAAUCAGAUGUAUAUAGUUUUGGUAUGUUAUUGCUUGAAAUGGUAGGAUCAAGGAACAACACCGCGGUAAAAAACGACACUGAAACUUACUUUCCUGAAUGGAUUUAUCAUCAUCUGGAGGAAGGUGGAGAAGUGGCAAUCCAAAUAGAAAAAGAAGAAGAUUCAAAUAUAGCAAAAAAGCUAACAAUUGUGGGACUAUGGUGCAUAGGGUGGCAUCCGGUGGACAGACCAUCAAUGAAACGUGUUAUCAAUAUGCUAGAAAGUCAAGAAUGUCCGGCAAUGCCCCCUAAUCCUUUCGGAACAUCAAGCGUUAGGUCCUUUGCAACUGAUCUCGAAGCCAUUUCUGAUUCUGAGUGACACAAAUUAUAUAGUCAAAAAACUACCUUCCUGUUUACCAUGCCAGGCUAUUUAGUUAUACUUUUCGUA